AUGAAGCAAUGUACAGAUGAUCAACGAAAUUCAUGUCUAGAAUAUAUAAAACAAGAAAUGAUUAUGUUUGAUGCAUUUGAUAAUGAUAAUGAAAAACAAUUGGAAAACAGCAAUUUCAGCAAUACAUUGAAAAAGAGACGAGGCAAUGAAAGAAUUCAAACUGGUUGCAUUAUGGAGAAAUAUUAUGAUGAAGAAGAUGAACCAAUUGAUUCACCGAUUACAACAACUGCUAUGCGUCAAAUAGAGAUUGGCAAUUAUUUGAAGUUUGGAAUGGAUAAGCAGAUUGAAUCAUGUUCUUCAGUUUCUUCUUCAAACGAGGAAGAGUACAACUCAUUGAACUUUUGGAAGCAUAAUUUUAGAUUAUAUCCACGUUUAUCAAAAAUGGCUAAACGUGUUUUUUCUGUACUGGCAACUAGUACCGCAGUAGAACGAGAGUUUUCAUUGGCAGGAAAUAUUGUAACUAAAAAACGGUCAUGA